UUUUUCAGUCUUUCGACGUUCGCUCACAGGUGAACAACAACGACGACGGUGAUCGGCGAAGGUCUCCUGCGUCUGUUUUCUUCGUCGAGUCGAGUGUUUUCCGCGGGUGUCCGGCGGUCGAAAUUCCGCGCACGUGUGUCUUGGAAAUCAAUUUCAAUCCGCAGGAUUGUGUUUUUUUUUUAUUUUCUACUUGUUGCUUGAUCCGCGAACAGCUUUAUCGAUUUGCGACAACACACACCUGUUGCGAUUGCUCGGCUUGGUGGUUUACCUUGCAAAAACUGACCGCAGCACAAUCGUGUUCUCUUGUGUCAUUCCAUCUUAUCUCGUUACCAUCAGCGUUCGCAUUCUCGGUGCAGUUCUGUGUUUUGCGUUCUGUGGUGCCACUUCGCCUCCUAUGGGAUCCAGAUUCGUUCUUUGUUUGUGAACAGAUCCAAGCGGCUUGGAUGCUGCAAGCCAGGUGGACAGCAAAAGGGAUGAUCCAACAAAGGGGAACAAGAUCUUUGCAUAUCCACGGACUUUACCACCUCCAGCCCCAUCUUCAGCGUUUCCUGGCCACGCUCACAUCCAUCAAAAACCUGAAGCCGCUGCUGCCCAGGCUGCCUUGAGGCGUUUUCGGGGAUUUUGUUUUGUUUCUGAUGUUUCGUUCGUUUAAUCAUUCAAUUAUAAAUAAUCUGUUCCGAGCCCGCUCCGGCCCCUCCCUCGUUUGAAUAAUGUUUGGUGGGUGCUGACGAAAGAGAAAAAAAUCCUAGUACCUAGUGAAAAUAAGAAGAUAACAUCAAUACAGUGCGAUCUUGAAACUGGUGGCGUUUAUGCUCUUGAUUGUGGGGUUCCUAGGGUGGGCUAUAAUUGGUGAAGAAUGAAAAAGUGACUUGAGACUUCUGGACCUGAAAUAAAGGGAGACAUACUUGAACUUUUUUGGAGCUGGCAUCAGAAAUUGAAAAUUGAUGCUGUUCGUUUUCGUUAUUGUUGUUUUGGAGUCUAACUAACGUGCUAGAACUUGGAGGCGGAACAGAUUGGUCCAAAGGGCACACAUAUAGGUACCUACUUACCAGUUACCUUCCUCAAGGCGAAAAGGCCACAGAUUUGUGUUCCCGUCAGCAUCACAAACUACUGAGAAAGGUGUAAAAGCAUCGAGGAAGAACAGCCACAGCAACGUCGACGACAUCGACAGAUGGAGCCAAGCCAAGGGGGAUGGAUCAGGGAAGAUAGAUCGAAGACCCAAGUUCUGGUUGACCAUUAACCAGAUGGCUGUUGACUGAGUGAAUCUGGUUGUUAUUGUUGUUGGGAUGCUAAAGUGAGCAAACGAUUAAGAGUGUGUUGAUUAUCGGCAGUUUUUUUUUCUUCUUUAUUUUGGUGGGGAAGAGUUAAUCGAUACAAACGUGUGGAUAAGAUUAUGUGAGAAGAAGCGAAAGAGUGAUGAAGGAAGAAAUUGAAAGCUCCCAUCUAUGAGUCAGCAAACACAAAUUCUGAUGCUUCAACUUUUAGUGACGGUCCCCGGGCAGAACUUGGCAGAAUUGUGUGAAAAUUGGAUUUCUUUAUUCCCAUUGGCGAGCUGAAGCUGAUUGGAAUGUGCCUCAUUGGACCACGGAAAAGUGGACGAAGAACAUCGUAGCUUUGGAUAGGGGAGGAUUUAAAUAGCUAGCUGUGUCCAUUAGCUUGGCUUAGAGGACUACAAACACAAACAUCGGUGGGGAUUUCUGUCUAGCUCCAUCCGUAUGAACUGGCUUGAGGUCACGUUCUUUGGACUAGAUCAGACCGAGGCUACCGUUUGCCAAAGUCAAUGGGGAUUGGGCAGUGUGAAGGAAUCCGACCUUAAUUGCAGCGGUUCUAUUCUGAACUUCACUCUCUGGUGUUAUUUCCACUUCUAGACGAACGUUCGAUAGAAGUGUGUUCAAGUGCAAGUCUUAGAACCGAAUGUGGUGCGAUAUAGCUGUUAUGCCUACACAAAACUAGUACAGAAACAGGGUUCAACAGGAAAGCAACUGAGGAAUUGGGGUGAAAACGUACCUACAAUCGGAAGAAGAACUGAAAGUGCGGUAACUACUUUAGUAUAUGCACCAAAACUACACCUGGUAGAUUGGCAAUUGUGUCACGUUUUAAAAACUAGAGGAGCUGUGGUUGUUUUUCUGUUUUGCUAACAGAUCAUCUUGUUUCAACUCCCACACGAUGACAUAAUCGUCUAGGCGAAUCUUCCCACCCCAUUCAACCGCACCAUGCACCAUGCGUUUAUUCAAAGCCAAAAAGCUAACCGACAUUCACAAUGCAACUUCGGAUCCAUCGUUGGAAAUUAAUCCCUUCGGCGGCGUAGGUCCACCGCAGGCAGAUUCACAAGAUCAGGAGGAGACGUCAUCGCCCUCAACUGGGUCAGCCUCAAGCAGCAACAGCUUCAGCAGUCGUGCACCACUUCAUCAUCCGCCCCCGUGGGCAACUGGAGCCAGCCACGGAACGUCCAACGGCAGUGGCCCCAAUCGGAAUGACAUUAUCAACCAAUCCGGCACCGAUGGUCCGGUUUCGGUUUCGGUUAUCAAUGGUGGUCCAUCAUCAACGGGGCCAGCAGAAGUAGAGUUCUCUCUGCCACUGUUCCAGAGUGCGGCCGAUCGUAUCGAGCAGCAUCCGUCAUCGGUGGUUGUAGGGCAGCCCAUCAGCCAUCAGCAGCAUCAUUUGCACCAACAGGGGGCAGUCCAUGGUAACCCGCAACCGGAUCUCGGCGAACAAGUGAGCGAUAAAAUUUGCACAAUUAAUAACAAAGCCGAUCCGAGUAUUAGAUUAUCGGAUAAGGCCCGCAAUCAAUCCGGCAUUUCCGGUGGUUCGGAAACGGCAGCAUCACAGUUGUCGAAAAGCAUCGGAGGCAGCAGUGAAGACUCGAGCUUACUGGGAGGACUCCCUCAGCAGCAAAAUCCAUCACAAAAUUAUCAGCAGCACCUCUACUUGCAACAGCAGCAGCAGCAACAACAACGCCUUCAGCAUCAACAACAGCAUACCAAUAAAAUAAACGCAAUCGGAACGCUGAUUGGCAGAAACGGACUCGGUCCCCUGCCCGGUUACAAGCUGGUGACUGCCGUUCCGGCGAUGGUCUUAGACGACGAUCCUCCCCCUACAAUGGUUGGUGGCACAACGACCGCAGCAACUCCGGCUGCAGCUUCGCCAUUGAUGGCCUCGACAAUGUCCCGCCAACAUCAUCACCAACAACAACAGCAACAAUCGCCGGGGCCUUUUGGGAUGAAUCAGGGCUCCCAGACAGCGCCGGCCACUCCAGCGGCCACCAUUCAGACCAAGGAGAGCAAAAAUGUUUUCACAUGGGGUCGUAAAAUGGGCAAAAAGUUUGACCUGCUACGGCGCGGAAGUGAUGUCAACAAGCCCCACACCACACCAUCAUCCCCAAGCACCGCGGCACCCGUAUCGCCCUUCUUCAACACCGAUACCAUCAAGAAGAGCAAAACUAUUCCGUUGAAGGCAUCCCAUCAGAAUUCGGACCCACUGGUGAAGCUGAACAGUGAACGAUCAUCGGGGACGUUUCGUAACUUUUUCUACCGCAUGGGGUCCACUGGAAUGCUUAACAAUCGAUCCAAUAGUUUUCAGAAGCAGCAUCAAUCACAAACUCUCACGGAGACGAACCACGAGCCAUCACUUGCUUCACAGUCUGGACUGUCGAACAAGAACGGCAAAAUGGAUGGACAUGCUACACUGUAUCGGAGCAGCUCGACUAGUCAGUUGAACAGUUCGUCGUACGUGAAAUGCGAUGAUCCAACGGAAGGAAUCAAUCUUGCCAAUGGAAACCAUAAAAAUGCUAUGAGUAGUACAAAUCUCAACUCUUCCUCCAAUGAUCAUUCACCAAGCAAGGGAUCACCCACGGCUAAGUCCUCCAGCUGCGACGAUAUUGCCCGAGUUGCGGCAACCCAUGAACAGCUUUCGAAAAAGAACCAUUUCCCUUAUGCUUUUCUGAGAUCGAAACUAUCGGUUUUGCCAGAGGAAAAUGGAGGUUCCGUCAUCAACUACAAUCGGAUUAAGGAAAAUCUACUUCGAGCGGGAAACCGUGGAUCGGUCAUUAGUUUACGAUCCGAUUUAGAUAACAUCUCUAUAACCGAUUCUCAAUUGAACAUUUCUGACACUGGUGACGUGUUUUUGACGGCCACCGAUUCCAAAUCAAUAACUGCGAGUGAUCUGGGAUUGAUGUCCCGAAACAACUCCAUUAAGACGUUAACUGACGAUCACAGUUUCGUCAGUAAUUACCAAAGACUGAGUAGCUGCCUGAGCAGCAAUGAAUCCGGAUACGAUAGCGACGGAAGGCAUGCGGAAGAUAAAAUAGAUGAAAAUGGAUCUUCUACAACGCUUACCGGCACAGUUGACUCGUAUGCAGAUGCCAUUAGGAGUAAAGAUCAGUCUUAUCAGUUCGGUAGUCGACGGAGAAUGUCUUUAUCCGGGCCAUUGACGAGUUCCGUUCAGAAUUUGGCUCAAGAAUGCGGCAGCAGUCCAGCUGGGCCAGCAACAACUGUUCGGAGACGUUUCCGGCAGAUCAAGUUGGAAAAGCUUAGUGCCGAAGAGGUGAUUGGUAUUGAACUGACACCUCAACCGGUCAAUGGAGUGGGAAGCGUACUCGACGAGGGAGAAUGCGGAGAGACCAAGUAUCUGGUGACGGAAAUCGAUCCAGAUGGAAUAGCUUACAGAGAUGGCCGCCUACGGGUAGGAGACGAGAUUGUCAACGUAAACGGGCAUCAUUUACGUGGCCUGCAAUCUCCCAGCACGGUCCAGCGUAUACUAUCGACGUUUGUGAACAACACGGUAGACCUUGUCAUCGCGCAUGAUGAGCUAACUACGUUUAGCGCCGGCGAUCCACUGGCUCAACGAAGGGCGAUCAAGAUCGACGCCAGCGUCAAACAACAGCAAUUGUACCACGGUCGCCACGAGCUUAUCGAAGUCCAUGGGAUGGGCAAUGCAAGCAAUCUACUGAAACCUCCUCCGCCACAAGUGGUGGGUCUGAUGCCAUCAGGCAGCGCGACGACACUCGUUAACUAUUCUACACCGGUUUCGAACGGCAGGAUCAACAAUGGGCAGCAGCAGCCGCAGCAACUUCAGCAACAACAACAGCUUCAUCAACAGCAACAACACCAGCAACUAACAAAAGGAGUCUUUCCGAUGAGUCCGAUCUGUCCACCGGUGGAUUACGUUCCGGUCUAUGCGAACCGAAUCUCAAUAUCCAACACUAUCUGCGACGACGAAAAAUGGCAGAUGUUAAGCAAGCAGCGUAGUGAAGCACUCGGGAAGAACGGUUACUCGCAUAUCCUUGGAUCAAAACGGGUGAUCAAAGACAGUGACGACGACAUUAUCAUCCUUCCACCACCUCCACCAUCGGCUAUCCAAGUUACCACCAGUGGAGGAUAUUCGUGUGAUACUCCGGCACGGACACUUUACCGACCAAUGUCACAGGGCAAUCUUAGCAGCAGUCACUAUGCCUCGAUAUCUCACUUGAUCGGCGGUGACAGCCGUUCGGAUCUGAAAAACCUAGACAAUGCACCACCGUCUCGACCGAUCACCAUGGUGGAGGUCAUCUCGGAUACCAUUCGACGAAACGUUCCUUUCGGUUCGAUAAGCAGUUUCAAUCGGCAAAACAACAUUGACUACCGGUCGAUCAAGAUUAAAAAGUCCGAAGAGGUGCCGAAGAUAGUACAAAGAAUUCGACUGAACUCGUUCAAUAACUCGUCGAAUAGCAUUGUGAGCGCCGGAGUAGGAAGCACUGAAACUAUAGCGUCGGCAAGUCCAUUGGAUGCCAACCCCUUGCAGCGAUCCAAAACGGAACAGAACAUCAGCUCCCGAGAUGAUCUCGACAGCUCCACGGAAGGGGCAAAGUACGAAUCGGGCGUACGAAUCCUUAUCAAUGAAGAGGGAUCCUCCUAUAUUGAAGGAAUUCACAAGUGCCUCUACCUGACGGUGACGUUCUACAAGGGGGCCGGGAUGAAGUCGCUCGGGUUCAGCAUUGUCGGAGGCCGGGACUCUCCCAAGGGAAGCAUGGGGAUCUACGUGAAAACGGUGUUCCCCAGUGGGCAAGCAGCGAUCGAUGGAAAUCUUGUGGCGGGUGAUGAAAUAAUUUCCAUCAAUGACGCAGCCGUGCAAGGAAUGAGCCACGCAGAAACCAUUGGGUUGUUCAAAAACAUCAAAGAAGGUCCAGUCGUGCUGAAGGUGGCACGACGAAAAUAUCAACGCGCCAAAUCGGUUGAAAACUUGCCAAAUUAGAGCCACUCCUAAUGCACUUGACUCGGAUAUCGCUGUUCUACCAAAUUUCCACUGUGACGUCUUCCUUAUGUGUAUGUUAGAAUUGUAUUCCGUACUCUUAGAGAGAUGAAUAGUUGUAAGCUUCCCCGAGCAACCACCGCGCAUCUGCAAUAGGACACUAUUUAUGUGAAUCGAUGUAUUUUUGUGUAGGAUUUAUUGUGUCCCGGCACCUAAUUCUAGUCACUUUUCGUACUACAUUCGGUUACUUAUUCAAAGUAUUACGGGCGUUACUUAUUCUUCGUGUAAUCAUUAACUUACUGUUUAUCUUUACAUCGGUCAAACGCAGCUAUUGAAAGGUUUCAAGUGAUUAAAGAAAAAAAAAACUUAAUCUUAAGCAAUCGUGACGAAUCUCACUGAACGGAAGUUAAUCAGAUUCCUAACAAAGGCACAUUUCACACAAUCAAUCUAGCAAAUCAAAGAUUAUUUUUUUCUACGCAAGGUUGUACAAACUUUAUUAGAGCAUAAGAAAUUCAACAUGGGAAAAUGAAAGACAAAACAAAAAUAAAGAUUUCAGUCACUCGAGAGAGGAUCGUUUGAUGUUUA